AUGCCAACUGUUCACCUUCUCGACUACGUUGCGGGGAACAUCCGCUCCCUGGUCAACGCGAUCAACCAGGUUGGAUAUGAAGUGGAGUGGGUUAAGACCCCCGAGGAUGUGAAGAAUGCGGAUAAAUUGAUCCUCCCCGGUGUCGGCCACUUCGGCCACUGUCUCUCCCAACUCGAAAAGGGCGGCUUCCUAGGCCCAAUCAAACAGCACAUCGACUCCGGUAAACCAUUUAUGGGUAUCUGUGUUGGACUUCAGGCUCUAUUCCAAGGUUCCGACGAAGAUACUGCUGUCCCGGGACUGGGCGUCAUUCCCAUCCACAUCAAACAAUUCGACGACAAGACCAAAAGCGUGCCGCACAUUGGAUGGAACUCUGCGAAGAACCAGGGAGAAUCAUCGAAGGAACAGAGCUUCUUCGGCUUACGACCGGAUAGCAAAUACUACUAUGUUCACUCCUACGCGGCCCCCUACACACCAGGUGUCUUGGAGAAGGACGGCUGGUCUGUCGCAACAGCGACCUACGGCGAGGAGGAAUUCAUCGGUGCAGUCAGCCGCGGAAAUAUCUUUGGCACACAAUUUCACCCGGAGAAGAGUGGUGUUGCAGGAUUACGGGCUCUUCGCGCUUUCUUGAACGAUGGCCUGACUCGCCGAGUUAUCGCCUGUCUUGACGUGCGGGCCAAUGACAACGGCGACCUGGUCGUCACAAAGGGCGAUCAAUACGAUGUGCGUGAAAAGAGCGGUGUUGAUGCCGGGGGUCAGGUCCGAAACUUAGGAAAGCCUGUCGAUAUGGUCAAGAAGUACUACGAACAAGGCGCCGACGAAGUCACGAUCCUAAACAUUACUUCAUUCCGCAACUGCCCGCUGGUCGAUACGCCCAUGCUUGAAAUUCUGCGCCGGGCAUCCGAAACGGUUUUCGUUCCCUUGACUAUUGGUGGCGGUAUCAAGGACACCGUCGAUACUGACGGCACUCACGUUCCUGCGCUAGAUGUGGCCACGAUGUACUUCAAGUCUGGCGCGGACAAGGUCAGCAUCGGCUCGGACGCCGUCUUCGCCGCGGAAGAAUAUUACGCAGCAGGCAAGAAACUGAGUGGCCUGACUGCCAUCGAAUCUAUCUCAAACGCAUACGGAAAGCAAGCUGUCGUGGUCAGUAUUGAUCCCAAGCGAGUCUACGUCGAUAAACCCGAAGACACCCACCACCACACUCUGAAAACCGCGUACCCCAACGCAGCAGGUCAAAGCUACUGCUGGUACCAAUGUACCGUCAAGGGCGGCCGAGAGACUCGCGACAUGGAUGUGCGCGAACUUGUGCAGGCCGUCGAGGCCAUGGGCGCCGGUGAAAUCUUGCUGAACUGCAUCGAUAAGGAUGGCAGUAACAGCGGCUUUGAUCUGGAAUUGAUUAAUGAUGUCAAGGCCUCUAUCAAGAUCCCUGUCAUUGCCUCUAGUGGUGCAGGUCUGCCGGCUCAUUUUGCCGAGGUCUUUAGCAAAACGACUACCGAUGCCGCGUUGGGUGCGGGUAUGUUCCACCGAGGUGAAUAUACCGUCAGCCAAGUCAAAGAUCACCUCCAGGAGGGAGGAUUCCUCGUGCGUCAAUUUGAGGCGACGAUUUAA